UCAUACAUUAUCCUAUUACCUUCUGCCUUUCCCCGGUUAGGUGAAUACCCUUCAUAUCAGUCUGAUCUCUAGCUUGGUUAUACCAUACCGUCCACGGAGUUUCACGUGAGCAUUAUAAAACAUGCAUUAUCACGGAGAUUGGACGUCCGUUGAGGGAAUAGCCACUAGCUUGCUUGACGGCAAUCCCAUUGCGAUUGCAGUCACGCUCUUCAUUGCUUUUGGCCUCCCUGUUCUGCUGCACCUGAUCUUCUACCAGACAGUUGCAUCUCCGCCCUCCAGCAACUUUUUACUCCUAGGUCCCAGUGGGGCUGGCAAGACCGCGCUUCUAACUCUGCUGGAAACCAAGUCGUCACAUCUUGCCCGGAAAGACUCGCGGCUCACACAUACGUCACAAACGUCCACUGUAGCUACGAUCAGUCUUCCUGCCUCGAUCCCCACGGCUUCUAACCGUUACCGUUCUGUCAAUGACACCUCCCUCAAGGAUAUCUCCAAGAACCCCGUCAAGUACCUCCUGAGAGAUACCCCCGGCCAUGGAAAACUGCGAGGAUCGCAGGGACUUGCAACAUUGUUAUCAAUGUCGGCAUCAAAGGAUGUGAAGUCUAGGCUGCGUGGUGUCCUUUUCAUGGUCGAUACCGCUGCUCUUUCGGAGGCCGAAGCGCUGCGAGACACAGCUUCUUAUCUUUAUGAUGUGCUCUUGAUCCUUCAGAAGAGGGCCCUUAAGAAAGGCAAAUCUUCGAUGAAAGCAGCCUCUGAGAUUCCUGUUCUCGUCAUCGCCAACAAGCAAGAUCUUUUCACAGCUUUACCGCCAGGCUCAGUGCGUGAAAAGCUAGAGGCUGAGAUUGACAGAAUUCGCAAAUCUAGGAGCAAAGGUCUCAUAGACGCUAGUGUAGACUCUGGGGUUCAUGAGGACGAGGAUGAUAUUCUGGGCAGCACCGACACGCGCAUUAAGUUCACCUUUGGCAGCCUGGAAGAUGAGAUUGGACUGACUCUUGACAUUGUCGGUGGCGCCGUCAAAAGUGAUGAUGAGGGCAACCUUGGGGCCGGUGUCAAAAAGUGGGAGGAAUGGAUCGGUCAAUGCCUGUGAGCGAUGGUCCUACUUAUCAGCCGGGCUACUGGUAGCGCUACUGGGCCUUGUCGCGGAUUGAAACGAACACCAAACAAUUCUUGGAUAUGCAAUACUUUUUCACGGUUCGAGAUCGUACAUAUUCUCUGGUGCAAAACGAUCAUCCUAGGCCGAAAUUGGAGGUCUAAGGACCAUGAGUAUAACAUACUCUUAUUCAACUCUGACUCAGCCACAGCAUAAAUCGGUGAAUAAAUCUGUGGUUGCGCAUGGCUUGGAAAUGGAGAUGUAGUUUGACCUCGAAUGCCGUCGACUCGUAUCUUGUCAUUUGCAGCUAAACACAUGGUGGUCGCGCGCCGUCCUGGGAGCUUUGUCCGAGGAUGAAAACGACAUAACGAAAGCCGCUCACAAACCCUUUCCAACAUACUCAUCCCAGGCUU